AUGACCCCCGCCCGCAACCACCUCCUCUGGCGCUGCGACAACUAUGGUGUCGGCCGCUUUGCCGACUCCCACUUCAUUUUCCAUUCUCCGUUGAAACCUCUUUUAAUGGCUGAAGAGGGAGCAGGUAAUGGCUCCUCCAAGAAACCUGCCGAAAAGGAGAAAGAACAAGAAGGCCCAAGAGAAGAAGAACGUGCUCAAACAUAUGAAGCAGGCUGGCUUCAGCUUGGUCCCGGGGCAAGUGCAUCUGCGUCUUCGACGGAGCUCCGGCUGUUCCCGGAGAGGCCGCCGCAAGCUUCGAUGAUGGCUAGCACGAGCUCGGUGUUGGCGCCGGCCGCAGGGGAUGAUUUGAGGGUAGUUAGCCCGCCGCAACGGGUACGUACCGGUAUUUGGAUAGCACUCCGGCCGGCUGAAAACCAAGUGAAUGCACCAUUCUUGCCUCAGCUGCCUAAGAGCUACUUGAGAAUCAAGGAUGGGAGGAUGACAAUAAGAUUGUUAAUGAGAUACUUAGCUAACAAGCUCGGGUUACAGGAUGAAUCAGAGGUAGAGAUAACUUGCAGAAGCCAGCAACUCAUGCCCUUUGCCACGCUGGAAGAUGUGCGGGACCAUAUAUGGUUUGUGAGGGACACCGAGGCGCCGGGGCCCAGCUCACCAGCAACAGAGCACGUCAUGAAGUUGUACUACAGCAGAAGAGCCUGAGUAUAUAAUUCUUGAUGUGUAAUUAAUCAAUUGCUUCACUAAUCAUUAUUUUUAUUUUUAUUUUUAUUUUCUUUAGCCUCCCCCUAAGUACAAAUUUAAGCAAAUUUCUGCAACCCAAAACUCAGAUUUCUCACAGAAUUAUGUAAUUCAGGGAUGAUUUAUAGAGAGAACAGCUUGGGAAGUUUGUUGCACACUAUGAGAGAGUGGUGCCUUUAGGACAAUGCAGCCAGGCCUGUAAUUCUUUCUCUAAUGUACAAAUUUCACAUUUAAAUGAGAAGACCGAAUAUUUUUGCAUCAAGGAAACUCUUUUUGCACUAUUACAAUUAUAUGCUGCUAAGUGGCAUUAUGUUUGAAACUUCUAAUUAAAGGACAUAAGAGCAAC